GCCAAUAGAACAUGGGCCGGCCUAAUUGAAUAGUGGGAGCAGGCCCGACCUUUCAUCUCUAGCUUGUGUCGUUUUGUGUGGGUUUCAAUUCAGAACCAACGAACGAACGAACAAAACGAUACGCUGCGAUUCCUUCAUUUCCCGUGUGAUUCACCACCGAUCUGAUAAUCGAGUUGCGUUGUGUGUUUGGGAAAUGGCGUCGAGUGUGUUGAAGAGUCUCAUGAGAUUUUCGUCAUCGAGGAACACGACCACCAGAAGUUUCUGUCUCGUGACCUCUCAAAUCAGCAACCACACUGCCAAGUGGAUGCAGGAUACAAGCAAGAAAUCUCCGAUGGAGCUGAUUAAUGAAGUUCCUCCAAUUAAGGUUGAAAGCAGGAUAGUUGCUUGUGAAGGAGAUACCAAUUCUGCCCUUGGCCACCCGAUUGAAUUUAUAUGCCUUGACUUGCCCGAGCCAGCUGUUUGCAAAUAUUGUGGCCUACGUUAUGUUCAGGAUCAUCACCAUUAGGACUGCUUUCUACAAGUAUUCUGGUGUGCAUGUACGGAAUUUCUGCUGAACAUCAAUGUUUUUGGUUACAAUGUUUUCCGACGAGAUCAUGGUGUAACAAAUAUACUUCUUUGUUACAAUUUGCUAAAUAAGAUGUUUAUGUACCAUAUGCUGUUGGUGUUGGGUUACAUUGUUAUGUGCAUUGUGCAAACUGCUGUAUGUAAUUGUGAGACUGGAGGUGCUGCUUCAUUGAACGAUCUAUUUUAUAUUCCUAAUUUACAAUGCAAGCUCCUGAAUCCCGAUAA